AGUAACCCAAGUUUGACUGAAAUGCUAGGGUUUUAAGUCUGUUUUAUAAUAAACAAAUAAAAAAGGCAGGACCUUUGUUUCAAAAGAGUCUCCCUUUGUUUUCUUCAAGAUUCACUUGCAAGAGUAAACAUGUCAAUUGCACAACAUCUAUCCACUUCAAUCUCUUCUUCUUCCUCUGCUUUCUUAGCCUCUUCAAGUUUCAACUAUAGGAAUAGGGAUGUUUCAUUUCCUUCCAAAAAUUUUGGAAUUUGUAGAUGUGUGGCAGCUCCACAAGAAGAGACAACCAUUUACAAGACAAAGGUUUCUAGGAAUGUAAACAUGGCCAAACUUCAAGCUGGGUACCUGUUUCCAGAGAUUGCACGCAGAAGGAAUGCUCAUCUGCAGAAAUACCCUGAUUCAAAGGUGAUAAGUCUUGGAAUUGGUGACACCACUGAGCCCAUCCCAGAGGUUAUAACUUCUGCAAUGGCAAAGAGAUCACAAGCUUUGUCAACUCUUGAGGGUUACAGCGGUUAUGGAGCAGAACAAGGUGAAAAACUAUUGAGAACCGCAAUUGCUUCGACAUUUUAUGGAGACCUUGGCAUCGGGGAAGAUGAUAUUUUUGUCUCUGAUGGUGCAAAAUGUGACAUAUCUCGCCUUCAGGUUCUUUUCGGGUCUAAUGUUACUAUUGCGGUGCAAGAUCCAUCGUACCCGGCUUAUGUAGAUUCAAGUGUCAUUAUGGGUCAGACUGGACUGUACCAGAAGGAUGCUGAGAGAUACGGAAACAUUGAGUAUAUGAGGUGUAAUCCCGAGAAUGGCUUCUUUCCUGAUUUGUCUAAGGUUUCUCGAACAGAUAUCAUAUUUUUCUGUUCACCAAAUAAUCCUACUGGUUCGGCUGCAACAAGAGAGCAACUAACACGGCUAGUACAAUUUGCUAAGGACAAUGGAUCCAUUAUAGUCUAUGAUUCGGCUUAUGCUAUGUAUAUAUCUGAUGAUAAGCCACGUUCUAUUUUUGAGAUUCCUGGAGCCAAAGAGGUUGCACUCGAGACGGCAUCAUUUAGUAAGUAUGCUGGGUUUACUGGAGUCCGUCUAGGUUGGACUGUGGUCCCGAAAGAGCUUCUCUUUUCAGAUGGCUUUCCCGUUGCCAAGGACUUCAAUCGGAUUGUUUGUACUUGCUUUAAUGGUGCAUCAAAUGUUGUCCAAGCUGGUGGUCUGGCUUGCCUUUCAGAAGAAGGCCACAAUGCAAUGCAAAAGGUGGUUGGGUUUUACAAGGAGAAUGCUGAUAUCAUAAUGGACACGUUUAAUUCACUUGGUUUUAAUGUGUAUGGGGGGAAAAAUGCCCCUUAUGUGUGGGUGCACUUCCCUGGCCGGAGUUCAUGGGAUGUCUUCAGCGAGAUUCUUGAGAAGACUCAUGUGGUUACCACACCUGGGAGUGGAUUUGGACCUGGUGGUGAAGGAUUUAUCAGGGUUAGUGCUUUUGGUCAUAGGGACAAUGUUUUAGAAGCGUGCAGAAGGUUCAAGCAGCUAUACAAGUGAUGUGGAUUAUACUUUGUUUCAGACCACCUUUUUGGCUUGAAGAUUAUCUUAGCUGCGUCCUUUCUAGUUGUUUCUGUAGUACUCAGAUAAUUUCUAGCAAUGAAAUGUGAAACAUUUAGCAUUUGUAAAAGGCCAAUUUUUGGAGGUUGAGAAUUUUCCCUAUGUUGCGCUGUUUAUUGUCAUGAUAUUGUAACGAACAGUUCAGCAUAUUUAUGGGUCCAAGAAUGUUUUCUAACUAA